ACCAGAAGAUGCAUAUUAGAAGCUGCAGUUUAUUAGUUCUCAUCCAAAAGAUGCUAUAGAGGAGGUUGUGAUACAUUUUAGCCCACAUACUCAACUGACACUGAGGAUUUGUGCUUCUCAAAGUUUUCCAGAUUAUGGUGCUUAUUUAUUGACCCAGUCACCCACAAUCAUCCAAUAUGUCAAGAUGAAUUUCGUGGGGAACUUUGUGAAGAGCUUCCUAACUACAGAGGUAGCACCUGAAGCAGUAGUUGAAGUGAAUAUUGCUGCAUUUGCAAAUAUCCAGGUUUUAGCCCGUGAGGAAGGCCUCUUCUUGUAUGGUCCAACCAAAGAUGACAAGUAUGAACUUAUCCUUCAACAGCCUAUUGAAACCAAUGCUAGGACUGCCAUCAGCCUUUUCCGCCUCACAAAUCGGCAGUCGGCACAAGAGCGCUUCAUUCGGCUAAGAGAACUUUUACGCCCACUUCUAUUUUCUGGACGUCAACAAGGAGUAUAUAAUGUUCGCUGUAUGCAAGAACUGAUGACUUUGCACCGAGAACAUCCUACCUGGCAGGCUGCGCAUAUAGCAGCUCAACUGGGGGAUGCAGAGCUCAUGCAGUGCGCAUCUGUGGCUCAGUACUGCAAUGUAGCCGAGCUAGACUUACAAGAGACACCACUGCACAUUGCAGUUAGAGGGCAGAAGGUGGCAGUGAUCAAAGCCCUCAUGCAGAUGGGGGUGUCCACUGAUGCAGUUGACGUGAAAGGAAAUUCUGUGUAUCAUCUUGCUGCUUCAACUAACAAACAAAUUAUUGAGUUGAUAAUGCAGAUGCCUCGCUCAAUCCUUAUGGAUGCGCCUAACAACGCUGGGAAAACUCCUCUGCACAUUGCAUGUCAGGCCGACAAGCCUGACUGUGUCACGGCGUUGUUAUCAGCGGGCGUUGACGUGAACGUGGCGGCGACGCAGGACUCGUGCCUCGCCAUCCACACCGCCAUGGCAGCAGACAGCGACACGUGUGCUAGGGAGAUCCUGGAGCGUCACCCCAACAUGCUGCAUGUUCAGGACAUGAAGCUGGGCGGAACCCCCCUUCACUGGGCCAAAUCAAAGCGUAUGAUCACUGCGUUGGUGGAGCUUAAGUGCCACGUGAACGCCAAGAACUUCGACGGGCGCACCGCCCUUCACCUCAUGACUGCCCACGACAGACUUGGGUGCGUGGUCGCCCUGCUGAGCCACGGCGCCCGUCCUGACAUCGCUGACAAGGAAGGCAACACGCCCCUCCAUCUCGCCAAGAGCGUCGCGGUGCUGCACGCUCUCAUUGUCUUCGGGGCGCCUCUGAACUGCAUGAAUUCUUUGAAAGAAACAGCACGUCACGUAAUAGCCAACAGCACAUUUCGCGGCAAAGCUGAAAUGCUGUACGCAUUGCAUGCUGUUGGUGCUGCACGAUGCUUGCAGCAUCACGACUCGUGCUGCAGCGGCUGCAGUCCCGUGGGCAGCUACAACGGCGUGCCGCCUGAAGCCAUCGCCGACGCCAGGGAGCGACUGCGCUCACCGUACGACGCCUUCUUGGACGACGCCAUGUGUGGCCUCGACGAUCCAGAUGCGAGUAUGGAGGAUGUGGACGCUCGACUCUUGUGUUUGGACGGAGGCGGGAUACGCGGGCUGGUGCUGAUUGUGCUGCUGCGCGCCCUGCAGCGACAUGCCCUCGGCGCGCCCAUCAAGCGACUCUUUGACUGGAUCGCCGGCACCAGCACGGGGGCAAUCCUCGCCCUGGCUCUGUCUCUUGACAAGUCUCCCGACUACGCACUGGGCUUGUACUUCAGACUCAAGGAUCAGGUGUUCCAGGGAACUCGUCCCUAUCCUGAAGGACCUCUUGAGGACGUCCUCAAGCGGGAGCUGGGGGAGACGACGGUCAUGUCGGAUAUAACCGGCGUCAAAGUUGUGGUGACGGGCGUGCUAGCAGACCGCUACCCUGCAGACCUUCACCUCUUCCGUAACUACGACAGCGGGGAACAGCUGCUCAGGACGCACAGGCCGCUAAUGUCUCCUGACAACGUGGUCGCUACGUCGCCCUCUGGUGUUGGGCCAAGAUCUUUCGUCGCGACGCAGCCCCCUUCUCAGCAGCUCGUGUGGGAGGCUGCGCGAGCCUCGGGGGCCGCCCCCUCAUAUUUCAGAGCGUACGGUCGUUUCAUCGACGGUGGUUUGAUUGCCAACAAUCCUUCACUCGACCUCCUCACUGAGAUCAGCGAAAGGAACGCCGUCGUGCGAGCUCUGGGCCGACCUCAGGAAAUUACCAGACCUUCAGUUCUGGUCUCUCUCGGCACUGGCAGACCUCCGCUAGAAGCUGUGAACGCGAUCGACUGCUUCCGGCCGGAGAGUCUGUACGGAACGCUGCAGAUGGCAUUUGGUCUUUCCAACAUGGCCAAGCUACUGAUAGAUCAAGCAACGAUGGCAGACAACCACACCGUUGACAGAUGCCGCGCCUGGUGCCAGACCAGCAACGUGCGCUAUGUGCGUCUCUCACCGCUGCUGUCGGCUGACGUGCAGCUCGACGAGACCAGAGACGAGGUCCUUCUCAACAUGCUUUGGGAGGCCGAGGCUUUCUGUGUCUCUAAGAAGGAUAAGCUUCACAAGCUAGCCAAACUACUCACUAAAUCCAGUGACAUAUAGUGUUUUGUUCGUACGGAAUGUCCAUUGAAUUAAUUUUUUGUCUCGAUUGUGUUCACGUUGAUGACAGUAGUUUAAAUGUUAUUUGUAUUGCGAUGGAUACAUGAUGUUGUUGGGAGUCAAACCGCUACAGAUUGCAGUAGUCUGGAGGUGAGAAGGUUAGCUACGUUUCACGAUCACGUUCCUUAACGAGUCGAUGUAGAAACACGUGCUUUCACUAUUUUCUGGAAACUAAGCGCCAGCUAUUUUAUUCUGGAACCAAUCUUAGUAUUCUAUGCGUAAAAGAGUGCAGAUAAAUUUUCAAAUGAAUUGUAUGUUUAAACUUCUUUGAACUGCGUGCAUUUUAAAGAAAAUAGCUUGUUAGAAUUAGUGUGUAGGUAAUGAUACGCCUACUGGCUGCUGUUUGUGAGGAGUUACAGGAGGUGUUGGAUUGAAUGUGGGUAUUAUUUUGAUAGAAAUUCCAUCUAUAAUUUAUUACUUGCAGUCAAAAAUGU